UCAAGACUCAAGUAAUAUAGGAACACAUACUCUUGCAAUAGAAAAUAACAAAAAAAAGGAAAUGAAAGAAAAAAGAGAAAAGAACUAAUGGUUAGAAGUGUAGCAACCCGGUAGGAAAACGGAGAAGGGUAGUGACCCGGCAAAGAAACAACGGUUAGUUGGUGUUUGGGGUAGACGGCAACCAUAAAUCAGGAAAAUUGAUUUCCCCAAAAUUUCCCUUCCCGUUUCUUCAUUUUCCUUGGAAAAUCAAAUUGUGGAGGAACAGAAAAAAAUGACAUCAGAUUACACGGUUAAACUCGCAGUGGAACUUGAAACUGCCGCACGGUUGAGGGCUUCUCAGUUCAUUGUACCUCAAAGGCCAUGGCUUGAUUUGUACGGGAUUAAUGUUAAACCUGUCGCUCCUUUUGGAAGCGCUAGCAGUAAGCUUUUUGUUGAUCCUGCACUGAUACACCGGGUACUACCUGAUGAACUUCUUUUUGAGAUCUUCUCAAGAAUGACUCCAUACACCAUGGGUAGGGCAGCUUGUGUUUGUCGAAAGUGGAGGUAUACAAUUCGGAACCCUGUAUUUUGGCGCAAUGCAUGUCUAAAGACUUGGCAGGUUGCUGGAGUGGUAGAAAACUAUAAGGCCCUUCAGUUGAAGUAUGAUGGUUCAUGGAGAAAAAUGUGGCUUUUAAGACCAAGGGUUCGUACAGAUGGUAUUUAUGUCAGUCGAAACACAUAUAUUCGUGCAGGAGUUGCUGAGUGGAAAAUUACAAAUCCAGUUCAUAUUGUAUGUUACUAUCGCUAUAUGAGAUUUUAUCCUUCGGGCAGAUUCCUUUAUAAGAAUUCAGCACAAAAAGUCAAGGAUGUCACAAAAUGCCUGAACUUCCGUGCCUCAAGGGCUGACUGUGUUUUUAGGGGGAAUUACACUCUAUCAGAGGAUAAAGUUGAAGCUGCUCUUUUGUACCCUGGAACGCGUCCAACUGUGUUAAGAUUCCGUUUAAGGUUGAGGGGUACAACUCAAGGUGCUAAUAACAGAAUGGAUCUACUUGCACUUCUUACGAGUGGUGUGAGUGAUAGUGAGGUUGAUGGCCCUGACGAAGACAUUCUUGGGGUUGUUGAGAGGUGGCAAGAGGAUGAAACACAUAACCCAGAUGUUCCAGCAAUUUCACACAAGAGGGGUCUAACACCUUUUGUCUUUGUUCCAUUUGAGGAGGUGGAAACUUCAGUUCUGAAUCUCCCUGUGGAAAGAAUGGACUUUUACGUUCCUGGUUAGGAACUGGAUCAGAUAGACAAUCUAUUGGCUGUAAAUAUCAAAUAUUGUUUUUUUGCAAGUCUUUUAUUUUGGCAUCUGUAAUUGGAAAGUUAUCAAUUUGUUGUGACACAAGUUCCUAUCGAGAAUGAAAGACUGUAAUAUGAUAUCUUUGUUUGUAAUAUAUGGCAGUUUGAAUAUGUUCAA